UUUUUUUGUUAAGUACUUUUUAACUCCGUAUAACAGAACUACUUUGCAGCUACACUACUGAUAUUCAAACUAAAGCAAAUCUCCAACUGGUUUUUCCACUUUUUUUGCAUGAAUACGGUACAUAUCAUCUAUGUGUUGAUAUUUACACAUCGUAUGGUCGUUACUCUCAGGAUUUUAAUUUCACAACGAAUCAAAAAUAAAAUAGCGUCAAUUUACAUAUUUAAUAUUGUCUCUUAAAAAGAUUAUGUUUCUGUAUAAAUGUCACCCAUUUAAAUUAUGCAAAUCACGAAAUUAUGCAAAGCCGCAUGCACACCCUGCUAUAGCCGAGACAAGCCAAGUGGCUGACGAACUUUUGAGACGACAUCGAGGCUAAAAGCGAAACAAGCAAGUUCUGGUUCAACCGACCUAAGCGCUCGAAAUAGACAGAGAUAGCGAGAGAGAGAAACUGAGCUAGAGGCACUCCCAGUAACGUAAACAAGAGACGAGACAAGCGUCAUUCUUGUUUGACACCACCAAGUUUGUGUUUUUCACUUAAACGCCGACUCUCCGUGCCUUUUUAUUUUUGAUGUCACCUGUUGAGCGGUCGUAUACUGGAUAUGAAAACGAAUAAAUAACCGACGUGGAGCUACCUGGACACUUCACCUUAACUCAUCUGACCCAGAGGAACUGAACAAGACUUCUGCACUCAAACCGACAACAUUCAGGUACCCAAAAAAAAAAAGGUCCGGUUAUGCGCACGCGCACACAACGUCUCCUGCCUGUAAAUUAAACGAGGUCGCCGUUGGUGUCCCCAUAGCAAAUCGUCUCGCCGCUGGAGCGAACUGGUGCACGCGGAGGUCUCUAAAUUAUAUACUGAUGCUAAGUCUUUGGGCCAUGGUUCAGCUGCAAAGUAUAUUAAUAGUGAGGCAAUGGAACCACCUAAUAUGCAGAUGAUUGGCAGGUGCAACCAUAUUUUACCUGUUCCUCAGACUGGGUGUUCCAAUGAAUCCACUGGAAUUUUCAUAAAGAAAGCGUUCUGCAUCAGUCAUAAUUCCCUCACUUCUGUUUUAUCAGGUGAAUACUCAAAGCCAGCUGUGAUUGGACACUGUGCAUGCUUAGGGAGGGAUUCAGUCAGCCCAGCAGUAAUAAGAGAGAUACUGAUGUCAGUCUUAGAAACAUCACGUGAAGUGAAAGACCUCCCCAUAACAGAGAAGGCUGUCUCCCAAAAUGUUCCUAUCUUGAGCAGACGUUCCAGUCUUAAUGAAGAGGAAAUUAUUGGAGAAAACUAUAGCGGGAAUGAUGAUGGCUACAGUGAAAACAGCUACACUUCUAUUUUAAAAGAUUUAGUGAAUUUUGAUAGAAUUGAUCAUUUUGAUUUGGAUGUGGAUUUUAAUUUUUUUCCUCUACCAAGAAGCAGUCCUGUUAUUUCUCAGAAAAGUCGUCCGUCUUCUAUAAGUCAAUCAACUUUAAAUGAGAGGUCCACUUCUCAUGAAAAUUCCUCCAAUAGUAAGAAACCAGACUGCCCAAGUCUGAAAUCAACAAAUAGUUGCACACCUGAUGAUAUCUCACAAGAUGCACCAAAAAAUACUUCAUUUUCAGGAAUUAAACAAAGAAGCAACAUUUUAACUGCUAAUUUCAGCAGGCUGUUCCCUGUUGGGCUCCAUAUACCGUUGAGAAACUCUGGUUUCAUGGAAGGAGUUUGGGGAAACUUACAAGAAGGACUAAAGUCUCGUUCCCAUUCUGAAUCCAGCUUCAAUAAUGUAGUUCCUGUGUCUAAUGCUGAAGUGGACAAAGAAUCUGUCAUUUCUGAAGGAUACAUACAAGAGGCUUUAAAAGCUAGUGCAGAUCUUGAUAAGGAGAAUGCACAUUUCAUUGUUGUGGAUAUGGUUCUGGCUGAACUGGAAAACAUAAAGUGCAAUGUCACGGGUGAAAAGAGAGAUUACAUAACAGAUAAUAUCCUGGGUGGAUCUUACCAAGAUUUCCAUUCUGCUUCAAAGAAACAUUCAGAAUCGAUAGAUUCAUCAGACAGUGGAUAUGAAGGUUUGCAGCACUCUGAAAUCAUCUGUCCCAAUUGGCCUGAUUGCAUUCCAACACUUAAUGAUGAGGUCAUCGCUAAAACAUUGAAUUUGGGUGAGAAAAUAGAAAACACAGAUUCAACAGAGCACAGCGGCCGUUCCUCAUUUGGUUCACCCAGUUUCAAUUCUGCAGAGACUCUAGCUCAGCAGCUGGUCAGAAUUUUCCGUAAGCAGUGGCUACAUACAGAAGGCACUUCUAGAACCACAUCUACAAAACUUCAGGAAUUUCUUACUGUAAGAAGUGAUAUUACAACUACAGAGGACAGCUUAAAUUUGGCAGAAGAAAUUAGACUGAAAUCCAGGAUGCGAGGCACUUUACUUUGGGCCCCACCUCGCUUUCAGAUCAUUUUUAGUAUUCAUGAACCACUAAAACGAGAAGCUGUUUUAAUUUCACAAAACUACUUGUGUGCGGGGUGUGGCACAGCAGUGGAACCAAGAUAUAUCAAGAAACUGAGAUACUGUGAAUAUCUGGGCAAAUAUUUCUGCGACUGUUGCCAUAACAAUCUGGAAUCUGUUAUCCCGGGAAGAAUAAUAAUGAAGUGGGACGUUAGCAAAUACACUGUUUGUAACUUCUCCAAGCAGCUUUUGGACAGUAUAUGGGAGAACCCAUUGUUCAAUGUGUGUUGUGUAAAUAAAAAACUGUAUGCAAAAGCCAAAGAACUGGACCGGUUCAAGGAGGUGCAAGAACAAUUGAUGUACAUUAAAAAACUUUUGAAAACCUGCAGAUUUUCAGAAAGGGUCUUGCUGGAGUUUGAACAGCUUCCUAAUCACUUGACAGAGGAGUUACAUGUUUUUUCCCUAGAUGACUUGGUUAAAGUUAAGCGAGGACUUUUGAUCACCCAGGCUAAGACCAUCUUGAAAAUUGCAUCUUCUCACGUGGAUACCUGUGAGCUGUGCCAAGCAAAGGGGUUUAUUUGUGAGUUCUGCAAGAGUAAAGAUGUAAUCUUUCCAUUUCAGAUAGACAUCUGUAAGCGAUGUGAUGCAUGUAGAGCAUGUUUUCACAAGGACUGCUUUCAAUCCGAACAUUGUCCCAGGUGUCUGCGGAUUCAGGCUCGCAAAAUACUUGCUAAUAUCUCUGAGACUACACAAUGAAUAUAUUGAAAAUAUAUUACAAUUGUUUAUAAUAUUUAUUUAGAAAGUGAUAUAUUUAUUAUUGAUGUCAGAUAGUUUUUUUAUAUUUUCUGGAAAGUUGUACUGUAAAUAUUGUACUUCUUAAAUUCUAACACUAAACUGUUUGUGAAAGUAAUUUAUAUAUUUUUAGUGACAGACCCACCUAAUGAAGGUAUAAAUGUUUUAUGUAAAUACUUCAACAGCUACGCUCAACCACGUGUACUUGUGCAAGGCACAAAAUUAAAAGAGUGUGCCAUCUGAA